AUGUCUGUUAGCGCCGUUGGCGCGUUCCAAGGGGGCGGCUCGGAUGGGAACGGGUGGGACAUGGGGAUAGAUGCGGGCGGAACAGCUGUAGUGGCGGAGGAACUCGCGCGGGGAGUUGGCGCAGGUUCCGCGGCUGGCGCGCCCGCGGGCAAUGCGCGACCUGGUCGUGGCAGGGGCGCAGGGGGGACUCAUAUCGCGGUUUCUCCCCGCGGGGCUCCCCCGUACACAGGAAUGUCGCGCGGAGGGGGACCUGGCGGGAGAAUGGGGAGGGCGCAAGCCAUGGUCGCGGGGAGAGGGCCUCAGGCUCGGCCCCAUACCGGAAGCUCGGCUUCGGGGCCUUUUGGCUCGGCAGGAAUGGACCCAGUGAGACAUGCAGGGAUGAGCAUCGGCGCCCCUGGUUCGGGGUCCCCUAACCACUUGCCAGGUGCGCCCAGGUCACUGUCCGCGGAGGGAGGUGCAACUGGGGGAGGUGUAGCUGGGGGAGGCACAACUGGGGGGGGGCGGUCUGGUGCUGAGGGGUAUGGCCGAGGGGCGAGUGGAACGGGGCGGGGAGGAGGAAGGGCAGCGGGUAGGGGAAGAGGGCGGGAACCGAUGGCAGGGGCAGGCAGGGGUUCAAUUGGCCGAGGAGGAGGAGGGGUUGGUAUGGCGGGGCGAGGCUUGGUGGGAGGAGGAGCGGCAGGGGCAGCAGCACAGAGGCAUAGGCGCACACAGUCAGAUGUGGUUUUCACAGGCGUGCAGGGGGGUGGGCAGGGGGGCAUGCAGGGAGGCAUGCAGGGGGCGCAGGGGAUGAUCCUUCAGUCAUCUGACGGCCCUUACAGGCCAGCAGGUGCGCAUGGGAUGAAAGGAAUGGGGAGGGGCGCAGGCGGGGGAGUGGGAGGGGGGAUGGGAGGGGCAGUAGGGACUGUGGGUGGAGCAGGAAAGGCUGGGGCAAUGGCUGCUUCUGGCUCAGAAUUUGGGUUCUAUGAAUGUGUGAGUAUGGAUGCUGCUUCCUCGGGCGCACAUGCCAUGCAAGGCAUGCAUGGUACGCAUGGGUCCAUGGUGGGCCCUCGCAGCCCUCGCAUGGGUGGCUUUGCAACAGCAGGCAGUGCAAGGCAAGGCGGAGGAUACGGGUCGCACGCAGGGGGAUCAGGGCCGCACCAAGGAGGGCCACAGCAGCAGCGGCAGUCGUCUGUGGUGCCUGUGAGCCCCAGAGGCAUUCCUCUCGUCAGCCCCAGGAGGGCAGCAGGCACGGCCACAGGGGGCAUGGGAGGCACAAGGCCAUGGGAUGCACCCGGCAUGGGAGGCAUGGGAUCAACCACAGCAGCAACAGGAGGAGGGCCAGCAACAGCAGGAGGGUCAGCAACAGCCGGAGCAGGGGGAGCGGCAGCAGGCGGGGGCAUGCCUCCUCGCAGCCCCAGGGGACUAGCUUUCCCUCUAUCCGCGUCCACGUCCGCCCUGCAUCCUUUCUUCGCCAGCCCCACGCGUUCCUUCAACAGCCCUACACGCUCCCUCGGCAGCCCCUCGCACUCCCCCGUGCCCGCCCGAGGGCCCAUGAGUGGAAGGUCGCUCUUUGGCAACGACCGGCGCUUUGGCAGCUUUGUGGAGCGGAGUAUGCGCAUGGGGGCCGAGGGCAUGGAGGAGUUUGCACUAGGAGGAGCAGUGGGCGUCGGAGGAGGGGUGGGGGGAGAGGGAGGAGGGGGAGGGGGGUUUCAGGGUGGGUAUGGGCAGUGGAGGGGCAGUCCCCCGGAUGGGGAACAGGGAGGGAGGAGGCGGUAUGCGCUGCGAUCGGGGAGUUUUAUCGAGAGGCGCACUGAGAACGAGUGGUUUGACCACAGUGCGCCUGGACCCUUCCCUGCUGUCCCUCAUGCUCUUGGUGUUGGUGCUACUGCUGCUGCUGGAGGUGCCAGUGCUAGUUACUUCAAUGCUGCUGAGGUUCAGAUGGUCGGAGGGUUCCGGGGUUUGUCGCUGGGUUCUGCUGGGUCGAAUGCUUUGAAUCGGGUGAGUCACCCUGUGGGGCGUGCGACUAGCUAUAACAGCAGCACGGGCAGUGCUGCCAGUAGCGGUGCCAGCUCCCCUGCUGCUGGUAUUGCUGCUGCUGCUCAUGCUGCUGCUGGUGCUGCUGGUAGGGCGCAUUCGAAGAGAGCAGAAGGGAUGUAUGCAUCUGGAGGGCCGAGCAGACUGAGUGUGGCACACAGUGAAGGGGAGGAGGGGGUAGAGAGAGUGGGGAGAGGAGGAGCUGGAAGAGUAGGUGGAGAAGAAGGGAUGGAGAAGAAACGGGCUGGAGAGAAGCAGAUAAAGGGUUUGGUGGAAGAUGAUGGUAGGAGGAGGGAGGGGAGUAGGAAGGGGAGGAGGCGGGGAGAGGAUCGAGUGAAGGAAAUUGAGAGGCAGACGGAUAGUGAUAGUCACAGCGAGAGGGAUAGGGAGAGGAGGGAGAGGAGGAGCGGGAGGCGGAGGAGCGUGAGCAGCAGUGGAAGGGAGAGUGGCAGAGGAGGCAGGGAGAGGAGGGGGAGCAGGGGAUGCAGGAGAAGCAGUUCCAGGAGCAGCAGCAGGUCGCGGCGCAAAGACAGCUCAAGGGAGAGAGAUGCCGAGCAGAGGAAGGGUAAGGGUGGGCGAUCGCGGUGUAAGGAAAAGGAAGAGCGAAGAGCGAAGGUGGGAAGAGGCGGGGUGGGGAGUGAUAGCGAGAGUCUGACGGCGAGUGCGAGUGAGGUGGAUGAGAGGGACGUGCAGCGGUCCUCGCGGCGAGGAAGGAGGAGGAGGAGCCAUCGGCGCUACCAUAGGGUGGGAGGCAGCAGCAGGAGUCAGAGUGACUCCCGGAGCAGAUCCCAAAGCAGGCAGGUGGAUGUGAAAGCGAGAGGGCAGAUUGCGAAAGGAGGGGGUAAGGAGAAUGGAGCAAGGGGAGAGCGGAAGCUGCACAGUGCAGGAUCACGGACAGAGAGGAGGGAGUGGAGCGAGAGGGAAAAGGGGAUAGCGGGAGAGUUGGGGAGGGAAUUGCGUACAGCCGGGUCUCGGAAAGAGAGGCGGGAAGGACGAGAGGGGAAGGAGAGCGAGGAGGAACGAGGUGAGAGGAAACUGCGCUCUGCUGGCUCUAGGAAGGAGAGGAGGGAGGGAGGAGAGGGUGGAGGGGACACAGCGGGGGGCAGGGAGAGGAAGCUGCGCACAGCAGGGUCAAGAAAGGAGAGGAGGGAGGGAGGUGAGGGUGGAGGGGACACUGCAGGAGGCAGGGAGAGGAAGGAGAGGAGGGAGGGAGGAGAGGGUGGAGGGGAUACAAAAGCGGCUGGGGAGAGGAAGCUACGGAGUGGUGGUUCAAGGAAGGAGCGGCAGGAGGGGCAUGAGAUGCAUGCGAGGCAGAGGGGACAUGGGGAUGGCAGGCGAGUGGAGGGUGGGAGCAAGGCCGAUGGUGGUGUUGCUGGUGCUUCUGAGGCCCCACCGUCAUCAUCCGCACAGCAGCAGCCAUCCCCACAGCAGCAGCCAUCACCCCCGUAA